AUGGGGAUGUUUGUGAGUCGUCAGCUCGACAUCUACAGUGUGAUGUUGAAGAACGAGCGAGACAGCGCCAAGCCAGAUCUGGAACGCCAAGGAACCUUCCAGUAUUUGCGAUCCUUCCAGGAGGAGUUCCACGCCUUCAGCAGGUUCAGGCUCGACAAGGCUCGCAGCUACGACCCACUCAGCAAGCCGAACGUCCCACCGACGGACAUCGGCGGGAUGUACGUCAAACUCAUUAAUAGCAGGAGUCUGGAGAGCGACCACUUCAGAGAUAUCAAAGUGGAGAAACCUGCGAUUGUCGCCCAUGUCCGUGUUUCGGACGGUGUUGGACGAAACAAACUUGACGUGUUGUGCGAUGAGCUACGGACGGCGGACAACGACCCGGAUAUUCUGUCUGCAAUAUACGGAGUGCCAGCGGGGACAUAUUCCAACAACCCCGCGAUCUGUCUGGAUGCGUUCUUCCACGUGCUCACCAAGCCAGUGAGACAGUACGUGGGAUGCGCGCUCAGACGGGAGUGGCCUUUCCUCCCCGAUAAUCUGAACCCCAACUUCCGGCAUGCGGUCUGUGAUAUGCCACAGAAACUGUCCAACACGCAGGUCCUAAAGAAGUGCGUUGGAUAUGCGCUGAAAAGCAAGAAGUAUGAUAUGGCGGUCGCCAUGACCCUUUUAUUGGACCAGCCGUCUGAUGUCCAUGGCAACCUGAACCUUGUCGCUGACAUCAUAACCUAUGUUCAAGAGGACCAACCAAAUCUGCCAGUUCCACCGUUCUUGAUCAUCAGAAAGGCGCAAUUCUUGAACAAAAAGGGAGAAUUCCAUCGAGCUAUCAAGGACUUGGCCAAUAUUUUGGACAAUGGAAAAGAUAAAGGCUGCACGUGGAUCUACAAAACCGACGACCAGUUCUACAAGAUCCGGGGUCUGUGCGUACAGCUCACAGGCCAGAUCCUUUACCAUUUAUCCUGUUGGAAGGACGCGAUCUGCCCUUUAGUGGAGUCCAUCAGAUCAUUUGGGUGUCUGCCUGGUCGAGACACUGGUGGGAUGAUUCUCUCUCUGGAACUCAUCUCCAAGUGUCUCUGUCGCGUCACCAAUAGCGACUAUCAGGACAUCCGGGAACUGCUGGGUUUGCAGCACGACGACCGAUUUUACCAGGCCCACGUGGCCGCCAAGGAGGCAGUUCUUUUAGCCAAAUCUGCCGCCAUCGCUGCCAAGUGUCAGAACCAGUCUGCAGAGGCCCUGAUCAUGUAUGCCGCUCGCCACGAAGACCCGUCUGUCUAUCUGCCAAUCAUCACCCGAGUGCUGACGGAACUGACGGCCAGUCUGGCCAUCCACAAGUCGAAGGUGGAGCUGCAGGGAAGGUGUCAGUUCUUCGAGUACGUCAGGACGAUCUUCCUCAUGAUGAUGGCCCUCAGCUUCUCCACGCGGCCAGAAGACAAGAAGUACGCCUUUCGCCUCGAGCAGACGGCAUUCCUGUUGUUCGGGAACUACUGCAGACAGCUGAGGGACUCUUAUCAGAAGUACUCCAUAGAGAUAGGUCACCGCGAGAUCCGCGUCAUCAACUGCCUGAUGACUGAACUGGGUCUGGAGAUGAUAGACCCUGCUGCGGGAGGGUGCGGCGACACGUGCAUCGCCAUGCAAGAGGACGUCACUCCCCUCGACGUUGACGUCACCUAUUCACCGUUCUUUGAAGAGAAUAGCACCUCAGUGACCAAACGGGAUCCUCUCGAGGUUGGCCUGCCGGUCACACCCAAGACUUAUGGGAUUCCCGUUUUCGAUAUCCCGCUGGAUGUAUUCCAAGACCUCUCUGGCUACAAGGUGGAUCACCAUAAUGACGUGGAUACCGACCAGGACACUGGGUCGAUGGUGUACUCCAACUACAGUGUCAUACGGUCGCAUACAGCCUCCUUCAAGUCGGAAUUCCCACCUUUAGUGGACACCUUCAUGCCCACAUAUGUGGACUGCGCCUCGGCCCGGGAGUCUUGUGACGUCACUGGGACAAACAGCGGGGUAAACAGCGGAGCAUCGGACGUCAGUAGUUCAGAAGAAAGCAUAAAGGCGCUGUUGGCGGGGCCGGAUUCGUUCAGCAAUGAGACCAAUAACAACCGCCUUGACUGUUCCUCAACAUGUGUCAAAAAGGCCAGACUGAUGAAGUUUAACCCAGUCACUGGUCUGUGGACAUCUCACACCACACUUGCCUCGCUAUCGUUCCCGAAACCGAAGACAGAUGACAAUACGACUUGCAGACGACACAAACGUUUUGACGCUCACUUUCUGCACCAAGAUGAGGUCCUCAGCAGGUAUGUCGGGAAGCGGUACGUGAAGCAGCAGCCGCCGAGUCGGUAUCUGCAGGACGUGGUGUGUCAGAGGACGGCCGAGUUCCUCGUCACACUCUUCAACUACGCUCUGCAGAACUACAAGACUGACGUGCAGGUCCAGUUCGCGCCCGUCGACCACCUGCAGAUCCUCAACUCGUCAGGUGAAAUAGAAGAAUGGCUUAACAUUGAACCUUACAGAGACGGCACAUUCACUAAAAUCUAUAACAACCUCGACUGCAGCAUGAACAAGCGAUGCCACGACCUGGCCACAGCUCUCACGCACUUUACGUACGUGCAGUCGCGCGGCAAGCUGAUGCUGGUCGACCUGCAGGGUUGGAUACCCGCUGAAGGGAAAGGAGUCGUCUUCCUCACGGACCCACAAUUCUACACGGCGGGAAACGACAAGCUCAGCUCUGGCGACAUCGGAGUACGCGGGAUGAGAUCCUUCUGGGACAAAGUCCACUCGGAGUGCAACGAGGUGUGCUGGACGCUCAACCUGUCCCGUCCCACAGAGAGCUUCAUGGUCUAAACCAAGAUUUAAAACGUCCCAUAGGCAUAGCAAGAUGCCAGCCACUGGAGGGGUCAAUAACAUAGUACUGUGUAUUUUGCAUUUCAACAGGAUUAUGGCGUGUGCGAGGGUCGGGGCCGAACCCCUCCUAGCUCUAGCCAAUUUUCUUUUUCGCAAAAACUUUGCUACCCGUAAUCUAGACCCCACCCCCCGCAUGAAUUCCUGCACACGCACACCGAUGAGUGUAGGUAGAGGGCAAUUAUUAUAUUUAGUGUUGGGGGGAAGGGCAAUACCUCCUGUCCCAGUUUCCGACGCAUAUGCUUUAGCUCAGCAGUUCUUGAAAUUCUAAAGCGUGAUCGACAAUGCCGCCACUUAAAUUCACAAUGGUAUUAACACAGAUAUAUAUGGUGUGGGACAAUCAUCAUACUGCACAUGCACAAAAAUAUACGUAAACACUCAUACAUAUAUACGUAUACACAUACACAUACACAUACAUAAAUAUACAUACACACACGUACAUACUGGGUUUAAUAUAAUAGUAUGGCAUUAACAAUGAGUGACGUAAAUUUACGAAAAAUGUGCAGGUGAAUAAAUAGUGAAAUCUCCUAUGUCAUUUGUAUUACAUAAGGUGCAUGUUCUGUGUUCCACUGGGGUGUUGUUCCAGCACCCUGUUUCAAUAGGCAUAUAAUGGUUGGAGGUUCUAAAUUUUAGUAAAGUAGUCCAGGACUUUUGUGGUAAUAGGAUAAGAUAUUUCUUUAAACUAAGAUUUUCCUUAAAUAUAGCGUACGUUUUACCUCUUGAUGAUGUAGAUAUAUCACUAUUCCAUUUUUGUAGAUAUUGAUCAUUUUGUCUUAGCUUUACGUGGUCAAGAAGCAGCUUUAUAGAAGAAAAGUUCUGUGUCAGCCAAAUAUCGGUCAUACCCAAGUUAUUGAAUAUAUCUUCCACAUAUUCCAUCCAUUUAUAGUUAUAUCCAUUUAGAAUUGAGUCGUGUGACAUUAAUUCGUGCAGCAGAAAUGAUGAUUUCAUUCGUUUACCUGAUACAAUUCGGGCCCAGAAACUUAUUAAUUCUUUGUUGAAUAACCAGGUUAAGGGGUUUUCUUCCUAAUUCUCCAUAUAGCAUGAAAAGUGGGGUACCUUUUUUCAUGGGUAGGAUAUGCCUCAAGAAUGUAAUAUGAAAAUUUUCGACAAUAUCCGUAUUUUCAUAACCCCAUAUUUCGCAUCCAUAUAAAAGAAUCGGAAGUACAAUUGAGUCAGAUAGUUUUAGUUUACAUUCCACUGAAAAGUUAUCUUUAGAUUUUGAUAGAAUAAAGUACAUUGCUUUUAUUGCCUUUUGUUUUAGUAUUUUUUUGGUUAUAUUAAAUUUGUUUAGUUUUGUAAAAGUUAAGCCUAAGUAUUUAUAUUCUUUUACGUUUUCAAGUUCAUGGUUUCCAAGUGUAAAUACCUUCUUGUAAUC